AACUGCAUUGUAGCUUGUUGGCUGUGUUGCCACGGUUGGAAAGAGUAUCUUCACAGACUGACCAGUGGAUAAAUCAGACCUGACUUUAUAAUCGCGAUAGAGACUGACAAGUGGAAAAAUCAGAGCGGACUUCAUAAUCGCGAUAGAGCAAAAUGUCAGAGCAGCAUGCCAAGCCCAACGUCAGCCCGUCCCAGGCUGCAGAGCUUGUGAAGAAACACUACAACCUGACGCCCUCUGAAACCAGCUACCUCCCCAGCUACGUGGACCAGAACUUCUAUGUUGCGACGGUCGAAGGGGGCCAGUAUGUCCUUAAGAUUAUGAACUCGGAGGACAGUAAGGACCCCACCCUGUUUGAACUGCAGACGUACGCCAUGGCCUUCCUGAAGGAGAAUGGAGUUCCCACCCAAACGGCCUUGAAGACGACCACGGGGCAGGUCAUGUUCCAGGAAGACAUGGAUUGCGGCUAUGGCUUACAGAAGUACCUGGUGCGCCUGUUGACUUAUUUGCCUGGAAUCCCUAUCGCCAAGGUUCCUUUCUCGCCACAGCUACUUUACGAAGUAGGCCAGACAGCAGCCAAGAUCGACAACAUCCUCAGAGAGAUGAAACAUCCCCGACUGUCAGUGCUGCAGAGGGAGGACUUCAUAUGGGAUUUGUCAAAUAUUGUCCUCCUGGAGAGAUACAUGCAUGUGCUCGAUGGAGACCCUCUCCAGGAGGCUGUGAAGUCUGUCCUGCAUCAAUACAAGACCUUUGUGGCCCCCAAAUACUCCAGUUUCCGCAAGUGUCUGAUUCAUGGAGACUUCAAUGACCUCAAUGUGCUCGUGCAAGCCAAUGAGACGGAUGGCCACCGGAUUUCUGGUAUCAUUGACUUUGGGGAUAUGCACAUCAGUUAUUACGUCCACGAGCUCGCCAUCACCAUCAUGUACAUGAUGCUGGAGCAAGCCGACCCCAUUGAGGUGGGUGGGCCGAUCCUGGCAGGCUGGGAAAGCGUCUUUCCUCUCAACGAGGAGGAGAAAGUUUGUCUCUUUUGGUUGGUGCUGUCACGCUUCUGCCAGUCGCUGGUGCUCGCGCGUUUUUCCGUGACUCUGCACCCUGAAAACGAAGAGUAUUUAAUGAUUUCGUCCAGGAAAGGAAUUCCCAUUUUGUGUCAGCUGUUGGAGAUGGGGAAGGAGCAGGUGGAGAGCGUGUGGUUCCACGCUGCUGCUCACUUCAAGUUCAAGGGUGGAGAGUAACCCAAAAAAAAUGUCAGAUUCCAUUCUGACGGGCAUUUGGAAACAUAAUCAGGGUACUUUGACAUUCCAGAUUGAGAAGUUGUCCAUAUUUAAUUAGACAAUACAUCGUUAGAUAAAUCGUAACAACAUUUGAUUUGAAUGUGCCGCCAACAAGCGUCUUUUUAAACUUCAGCUUUUCCAAACGCGACACGAGGUGGACCUCCACUGGGAGAGGCCGGAAGACUUAUAUUUCCACUGACCCGAUGACAAACAUAGAGCGUUCCCUCAUUUAUCGCAGGGCGGAGGUUCUCAAAAUAGCCUGCGAUAAGUGAAAUCCGCGAAGUAGCCAUCUUUAUUUGUUUACAAUUCUAUGUUUUCAGGCUGUGAA